AUGGUCGACAAAAGUGACCUCGGCAUUCGUUUGGCCUCUGUCCUCCCCAAGAGCCACAGCUUCACAAUUCUGCAUAUCUCGACACCCCCAACCAAGACCAAUCCUCUGUAUUCCCCUCCACCGAACGAACGCCCUGAACGAACAUAUUGCGAAAAUCACUUCCUCGCUGUGUCGAUUGAUGCGCCAGAUGCGCCAGGGAAUCAGGUUGUGGUCUUAGGAAUUGAGGCCCUUAUCUAUACGACAGCUCGAUCAUCGACACUCUUCGUUUCAAAAGCAGACUCGACCGGUUAUCUCGCCCUCCUCAACCUCCCUAAAGGAACGCCGAGUCCUAUCCGCGAAAUAUGUGCCACGUUCGUUGGAUUCCUUGUUGAGAAAAGGAGAAGGAAAGGCAUCCAAUUCGUCAUUAGUCUGUUUGCUCGCGCCCAGGAUCAAUAUCUCUUCCCCGGAAGUGUCGACAACAAAGGAAAACAUGUCCUCGAUGAUCGUGGCCUUAUCAAAUGGUGGUGCCGUGUAUUAGAUCCCCUUCUUGGCCCUGCGCCAAUAGCUACAGAAGCUCCUUGGAAGAGUGCAAAAGGAUACAUUGUGGUCCCCGGAUUGGAAAGAAACGAAACAAAAGCCCUUACACCAAGGAAGCCAGAUUCCGCUUGGGAGUUUACACAUCCGCUGGAACGCAUAUCACACUACUACCGCGAGUUCGAUUGGGUACCACCACGAUGUUUAAUCCCCCACUUCCCCGACGACCCCAAAUCCAGGUUCCGCGAUGAAUUGGAUGAAGAAGCCGCCAAAUCGCAAGGGAUGAAGAAGCAGGGUAACUGGAAGAGUGUCAAGACCCUUGAUAUGUUCUGGGAUAUGAUGGCCUACCGACAAGAAUGCUCAAGUGGUCGCAUGACAGGCUUCAUCUGGCUUGUUUUUGACGAUCAGGAGUCAUCAGAAGCCAAUGAAUCGUUCCAAUCAACGGUCCCUCCAGAAACUCCAGAAAAGCAACGCACGGUGCAGAUAACACCAAGCACAACCCCUCGAAAACUAUUCCCCUCUAAGAGCAAGUCAGAGUCAAAGAAGAAAAAGAAGGCGAAAAAGACUCUCAAGGGUCCUAUCAUAGCCCGCAAACCACAUAUCAAGCGGGUGAAGCACAACCGUGUCCUUGAUCGUCCUGUCAACACGGCAUACUACUCGUGGACACCCCAGGCACGUGGCGAAAAGGUUGUCGAUGAAGCCACGUACAAACGCAUCGUGGAUUUGUUGCUGCACCUCGACUUUGCAACGCUCAGUAAAGCGGUGGGUAGUACACGUCGCUGGCUGAGUGAAGGCGGAGGAGGCAGCAAAUGGGGUGUCGUUGUAUCAGGCACGCGAGAAACACCAACACCUGCAGCUUCAAACGGCGACAAUGGAGUAAACAAUCUUUCUGGACUUGUCAAGAGAAAACGCAAUGAUUCAACGGUUGACGAGAACCAGAGCAAGGUUAAUGUCCUCAGUGCUGGUCUGGUCAAGAAGAAGCCAAAGGAGGAUCCCAAGGAUAGCGUGAAUGUGCUCUCCACAGGUCUCAUUAGAAAGAAGCCCAAAGAGUGA